AUGGUGUCAAUAAUCUUCCUUCUCGCGCUGAUGGCUGAAGUCAUCGCAUCUCCAACGAGGGAUUCUGCAGAUGUUCGCGGAGAAGAUGGUGGCUCUCCUGAAGUAGGACGGAUUGGCCUGUUUAAUCCAGACCAAGGCGGGGGCGUGUUGACCAAAAAUCCGGGUACUGAUGGUUGUUGUUCUAGAAGAAUUCGGAGUUUUUUUGGCAAGCUAAAACAAAAACUGGUCUCAGCAGCGCGGAAACU